AUGGGCCAGAACCAGAUCUUACAGACCACUAUCAAUAAAUCAGAGAAGCCGGAAAGCUGCGAUAAUGUGAAGGUGGUUGUUAGGUGCCGGCCCCUCAAUGAGAGAGAGAAAUCAAUGUGCUACAAACAGGCUGUCAGUGUGGAUGAGAUGAGGGGAACUAUCACUGUACAUAAGACUGAUUCUUCCAAUGAACCUCCAAAGACAUUUACUUUUGAUACUGUUUUUGGACCAGAGAGUAAACAACUAGAUGUUUAUAACUUAACUGCCAGACCUAUUAUUGAUUCUGUUCUCGAAGGCUACAAUGGGACUAUUUUUGCAUAUGGACAGACUGGAACUGGGAAAACGUUUACCAUGGAAGGUGUCCGAGCUGUUCCUGAACUUAGAGGAAUCAUUCCAAAUUCCUUUGCUCACAUAUUUGGUCAUAUUGCAAAAGCAGAGGGUGAUACGAGAUUUUUGGUUCGAGUGUCUUAUUUGGAAAUAUAUAAUGAAGAAGUUCGUGACCUUUUGGGCAAGGAUCAGACACAGAGGUUAGAGGUUAAAGAAAGACCUGAUGUGGGAGUUUAUAUCAAGGAUUUAUCAGCUUAUGUGGUCAAUAAUGCUGAUGAUAUGGAUAGAAUUAUGACACUGGGCCACAAGAAUCGUUCUGUUGGUGCAACUAAUAUGAAUGAACAUAGUUCCCGUUCCCAUGCCAUCUUCACAAUCACUAUAGAAUGCAGUGAGAAAGGUGUUGAUGGUAACAUGCAUGUCAGGAUGGGGAAGCUUCACCUUGUAGAUCUUGCUGGUUCAGAAAGACAAGCAAAAACUGGAGCUACUGGACAGCGCCUAAAAGAAGCUACAAAAAUCAAUCUUUCGCUUUCCACCCUUGGUAAUGUUAUUUCUGCCUUGGUUGAUGGAAAAAGCACUCAUGUGCCUUAUCGUAACUCUAAGUUGACUCGUCUUCUUCAGGAUUCCUUAGGAGGAAAUUCAAAAACCAUGAUGUGUGCAAAUAUUGGGCCAGCAGAUUACAAUUAUGAUGAAACCAUCAGUACGUUGCGGUAUGCUAAUCGUGCUAAGAAUAUUAAAAAUAAAGCUAGAAUUAAUGAGGAUCCAAAGGAUGCUUUGCUUCGUCAGUUUCAGAAGGAAAUAGAAGAACUGAAAAAAAAGCUUGAAGAAGGGGAAGAAAUAUCAGGCUCUGAUAUCAGCGGUUCAGAGGAAGAGGAUGAUGAAGAGGGUGAGGUUGGAGAAGAUGGAGAGAAAAGGAAAAAAAGAAGGAGCAGUAGCAGCAGCAGUAGUUCAGACUCCACAUGUUCUGUCAUAGAGAAACCUCUGGAUAAGUUCUUGCCUAAUCAAGCAGGUAAAAAGAAAGUUUCCCCAGAUAAGAUGGUUGAAAUGCAAGCAAAAAUUGAUGAAGAGAGAAAAGCACUUGAAACAAAGCUUGACAUGGAAGAAGAAGAAAGAAACAAGGCUAGAGCUGAGUUAGAGAAACGGGAAAAAGAUCUUCUUAAGGCCCAACAGGAGCAUCAGUCUUUGCUAGAGAAAUUAUCUGCACUGGAGAAGAAGGUAAUUGUUGGUGGUGUUGAUUUGUUGGCAAAAGCUGAGGAACAAGAGAAACUUCUUGAAGAAUCCAACAUGGAACUGGAAGAAAGGAGAAAAAGAGCAGAGCAACUUCGUAGAGAACUUGAGGAAAAAGAGCAAGAACGCUUGGAUAUUGAAGAAAAGUAUACCAGUUUGCAAGAAGAAGCACAAGGAAAGACCAAGAAAUUAAAGAAAGUUUGGACUAUGCUGAUGGCUGCAAAGUCAGAGAUGGCUGAUCUCCAACAAGAACAUCAGAGGGAAAUUGAAGGCCUCUUGGAGAACAUUCGACAACUUAGCCGGGAACUGAGACUUCAGAUGCUUAUUAUUGAUAACUUUAUACCUCAGGAUUAUCAAGAAAUGAUUGAAAACUAUGUCCAUUGGAAUGAAGACAUAGGAGAAUGGCAGCUAAAAUGUGUUGCCUACACAGGAAAUAACAUGAGAAAGCAGACUCCAGUUCCAGAUAAAAAGGAGAAAGAUCCCUUUGAAGUGGACCUUUCUCAUGUGUAUCUUGCCUAUACUGAGGAGAGCCUUCGGCAGUCCUUGAUGAAAUUAGAGAGGCCACGGACUUCAAAGGGAAAAGCAAGGCCAAAGACUGGGAGAAGAAAGCGUUCUGCAAAGCCUGAAACUGUAAUUGACUCUUUACUUCAGUAA